GGAGAGACAAAAGACGGUCGACCCACAACAAAACGUUCAGCGCGGCGAAGAAGAAGAAGAGCCUAACUAGCCCCAUAAAACACCCACGAAGAAGAAGAAGAAGAAGAAGAAGUUGUUAUAGCGGUUACCUGUACCCCACCCCACACCUGUAACCCCACACACCUGUACCCACACACCUGUACCCUAGAGCCGCAGGAUGGACGAGGACACUGGGUUGAGGUCCCAUCGCCGCGACCGGAAGGAGAAGAAGGAGAAGGAGCGAAGGGAGAGGGACCGUGAGAGGGAGCGAGAGAGGGACAGGGAGAGGAAUGACCGGGACCACCACAGGGAGAGGGAGAAAGACAGGGACAGGGAGAGAAACAGGGACAGAGAUAAGGGGAGAGACAGAGACAGAGAGAGGGACAGAGAUCGCGGGGACAAGAGAAAGCGCUCCCCUGAAUCACAGAAGACCAAGGAGGAGAACCAGCGACUUGAUGAGGAGCAAGAGGAGAAGGAGAGGAAGAUGAAGAAGGAGCCGCUGUCGCUGGAGGAGAUGGUGGCGAGGAAGAGGGCCGAGGAGGAGGCACUCAGCCGGCCCAAGUUUCUGUCCAAAGAGGAAAGGGCAGCGGAGGCACUCAAGAGGAGGCAGGAGCAGGCGGACGAGAUCAGACGGAGGCAGGAUGAUGAACGCAAGGCCCGCGAGUCCAUGUACCAGGAAGGCCGACGCGAACUGGAACAAGCGCUUCGUCAGGAGGACCCCAGAGAGAGGGACCGCCACCGCCGCGACCGUGAGCCCCGCGAGAACAAGGAGGACGUUGAGCUGGAACGCAAGAAGAAUUUAGAGCGCGACGCCAUCAACGAGCGCUACCUGGGCAUCGUCAAGAAGAAGAAGAAGGUGCGAAGGCUCAACGACCGUAAGUUUGUCUUCGAUUGGGACGCCGGGGAGGACACGUCGGUGGACUACAAUGAACUGUACAUCAAUAAGCAUCUAGUCCACUUUUUUGGGCGGGGGCACUUCGGCGGCUUGGACCUGAAGGAGCAGAAGAAGGUCCAGUGCAAGUUCUAUGGUAAUUACAUUGAACACCGACGUACGCAGGCGGAUAAGGACCAGGAGGUGAUCCGGCUGAAGAAGGAGCAGAAGAAGGAGGACAAGAAGAAAUGGGACGACCGCCACUGGAGCGAGAAGGAGGUGGAGCAGAUGACGGAGAGGGAUUGGCGUAUCUUCCGUGAGGACUACAACAUCGCUAUCAAGGGCGGCCGCAUCCCUAACCCCAUCCGCACGUGGGCCGAGUCGAACAUCAAGAAGGACAUCCUGGACAUCAUCGCCAGUGUGGGGUACCAGGAGCCCACCCCAAUCCAGCGGCAGGCCAUCCCCAUCGGUCUACAGAACAGGGACAUCAUCGGCGUGGCGGAAACCGGUUCGGGUAAAACGCUGGCCUUCCUCAUCCCCUUGCUGGAAUGGAUUCAGUCCCUACCCAAGAUCGCGAGGCUGGAGGAUGCCGAUCAGGGGCCCUAUGCGCUUGUCAUGGCCCCCACACGUGAACUGGCGCAGCAGAUCGAGGAGGAGACCACUAAGUUUGGAGGUCCGCUUGGCAUCCGUACAGUUGCCGUCAUCGGAGGGCUGUCGAGGGAGGAGCAGGGCAUGAAGUUACGUAUGGGGUGCGAGAUCGUCAUUGCCACACCUGGUCGCUUAGUGGACGUACUGGAGAACCGGUAUCUCGUCCUGAACCAGUGCACGUAUGUGGUGUUUGACGAGGCUGAUAAGAUGAUUGACAUGGGCUUCGAACCAGACGUGCAGAAGAUCCUCAAGUUCAUGCCCGUGACGAAUGAGAAACCCGACAACGACGACGCUGAGGACGAGGACAAACUGCUCCAGAACUUCCUCUCCAAGCACAAGUUCCGGCAGACUGUCAUGUUCACCGCUACCAUGCCCCCGGCGGUAGAACGCAUGGCCCGGCAGUACCUCCGCCGCCCGGCCUACGUGUACAUCGGGUCGGUGGGUAAGCCGGUGGAGCGCGUGGAACAGGUCGUGUACAUGGUGUCGGAGCAGGAGAAGCGGAAGAAGCUCCUCGACAUCCUCAAACGUGGUAUCACUCCGCCUGUCCUCAUUUUCGUCAACCAGAAGAAGGGCGCCGACGUCUUGGCUCGCGGUCUGGAGAAGCUCGGGCACAACGCGACAACACUUCACGGCGGCAAGGGGCAGGAACAGAGAGAACAUGCCCUGGCCAACCUCAAAUCCGGCGCCAAGGACAUCCUGGUAGCAACGGACGUGGCUGGCCGUGGUAUCGAUAUCAAGGACGUCUCGCUUGUCAUCAACUACGACAUGGCGAAAAACAUCGAGGAUUACACCCACAGGAUCGGGCGUACGGGCCGAGCGGGGAAGCACGGGAAGGCCAUGUCGUUCCUCACCAAAGACGACUCGCAUCUCUUCUACGACCUCAAGCAGCUCAUCCUCUCGUCGCCGGCGUCGUCGUGUCCGCCCGAGCUGGCCAACCACCACGAGGCGCAGCACAAGCCAGGCACCGUCAUGACCAAGAAGCGCCGCGAGGAGAAGAUUUUUGCUUGAGGUUCCAUUGUCCCAUUGUCCUAUUUUUUUUUUUUUUUUUUUUUUCACACCAAAGGAACGAAAAAAGGGCCGAGUUUUUUUAUUUUAUUUUUAUUUUUUUUAUAGAGUAAAGGAACAAUGAAAAGGUGCAGGAAAAACCCCUCCAUUGUCCUUUUUUUUUUCUUUACUUUUUUUUUUUACAGUAAAGGAGGAAAAAAAACUACAUUGUCCCAGUCUGUUUUUUUUUUAUUACUUUUUUUUUUUUUUUUUUUUUUUUACAGCAAAGGAACGGAAAAGGCGCAGAAAGAAAGAAUUCCCACCAGUCGCCGCUCCUUUCGUUGGGCUCUAUAUAUAUAUAUUUUUUUCCUUUGUGUUCAUCUAUGUCUCUACUCUUCUUUUUUUUUCUUUUUCUGUUUCAAGGUUCAGAGUUGGUGGUGUUGGUACUGCUGCCGCUGCUGGGGGGGGGGGUAGUUUUGUUCCUUUCUUUCUUUUUAUUAAUUUUUAUCAUUAUUUAUUUAUAUAUUCUUAGUUUGUGUUAGUUUGGAUCAAGGAGGGAGUGAAGUUAGGCCAUGUUUUCCUUCUCUUUUCUCUAUUUCCAUCCCAGGGUUUGUUAGUGAUGGGACCAUAAUAAUAAUAAUAAUAAUAAUAAUAAUAAUAGUCAACCUUCACUAAUGAUCAAAGGGAAGAAUCAUUGCAACUCUCAAGCACAUACAUUUGACAAGACUUUCAUUCAUGGUAGUUUUGGGGCAUUUCCAGGGAUAGUUUCAUGACCCUGGUGGUAGUUUGACCCUUCUUCUGUGCCAUGAACCUAAGAAACAUACAUUUGACAAGGCAUUCAUGGUAGUUUUGGGGCAUUUCCAGGGGUAGUUUCAUGACCCUGGUGGUAGUUUGACCCUUCUUCUGUGCCAUGAACCUAAGAAACAUACAUUUGACAAGGCAUUCAUGGAAGUUUUGGGCAUUUCCAGGGGUAGUUUUAUGACCCUGGUGGUAGCUUGACCCUUCCGAGCACAAACAUUUGACAAGACUUUCAUUCAUGGGAGUUUUGGGGCAUUUCCAGGGGUAGUUUUAUGACCCUCCCUCUGUGCCAUGAACCUAAAGGAGCACUUAUUAGAACCCAAUUGAUCCCCUUUCUGGCCCUUGGAAAUAGAUGAUGUGAGAUUAGGAAACAUCUUAGAAUAUCAACCAGACAGAUAAUUCACUCUCCCAUUAUUGGUGAAUGUACAAGGACGAUAAAACCACUUGAAUGCAUGAAUAUAAUAGUUUACGAGGGAAGAUCUAUCACCCAAUGGAAGCUACAAUGGUUGACUACUAUAAUUCAUCGCUAUGUUUUCGUAGGAACCGUUCGACUAAUCCACCAGCGAGGGUUGAAUAUAAUAGUUUACGAGGGAAGAUGUAUCACCCAAUGGAAGCUACAAUGGUUGACUACUUUGAUUCAUCGCUAUUUUUUCGUAGGAACCGUUCGACUAAUCCACCAGCGAGGGUUUCCGUGCACCCCUCAGACGGCAGCAGGAUAUUUUUGUAACGUUACUGAAAUACAAGUGAAGAGCAAGUA